UGAGGUUUCAGGUCACUUCCUGGUUCAGUGUGAAGUCGCUUCCUCCUUGUGGGUCACUUUGGACCAAAGUGUCCUAGAGGAGAGCUUCUCAACCCCGGGGAUAAUCAAGGAUUAUCAGCGUCCUGAUAGACUUGAAACGACAGCGGUGACCCACAUAACUGACAAGAGAAGCCCGGUCGACGGAAGCAGACGCACACACGCAGACACACACGCAGACACACACACGCAGACACACACACGCAGACACACGCAGACACAGCCAACAGUGCAGCAGCUCCCUGACAGGAACAGGCGGAGAGGAGCGGCAGCAGCCGUAGGACCCCCCAGGACCCCCCCGGACCCCCGGACAUGGCGGACCCCCGCCUCACCUCGCCCUCCCAGACCCCCCUGCGCUCCCCCGGCUCCCGGCUCUCGCUCUCCUUCCCCUUCCUGCGGGAGGGCAGCCGGGUGUGGGAGGAGGGGGGGGAGAGACCCCGCACGCUGCCCAGCCCGCUGCCCACCAAGCGCACACGCACCUACUCCGCCACCGUUCGGGCCCAGUCCGGUCCGGUCUUUAAGGGCGUGUGUAAGAACUUCUGCAGGUCACAAGGUCACGGGUUCCUGAAGCCCUCCCACGGUGGGGAGGACAUCUUUGUUCACAUCUCAGACAUCGAGGGGGAGUACGUCCCGGUGGAGGGCGACGAGGUCACCUACAAGGUGAGCCGCGUGCCGCCCAAGAACCUGAAGGUGCAGGCGGUGGAGGUGAAGAUCAUCCACCUGAACCCGGGCACCAAGCACGAGACCUGGUCCGGGCAGAUCCUCAGCUCCUAG